GUAAGGUCAUAGGUCAAAGGUCGUGUGCAGGUUCGCCAUAUUUGUUUGUAAGCUUCGCAUGGCACCUGUCCUCCCUGGAUAACGAGGGAGAUGAUGGCAUCUUGUGUGGAAAGUUGAACAAAGAAAACUCCUUGUUGCAGAGGUAUUUCAGGUGACCACAAGAUGGAGCCAGUUGACUGGGAGGGACGUUGUUUGGCUCUUGAAAUGUCUCUCCAAAAGUUUCAGGAACAAGCAAACAGGGUGCGACAUUCUCUGGCUAAACAAAUGGAAAGUCUUAGUGACAGGUGCCAAGAAGCAGAAAAGAAGGCUCAGUUGGCAGAACAACAGGUUAAACUUCUGGAAAAACAGCUUCAGGUGCAACCAGGGCAGGAAUCUGAGCUCAGAAUACAAGCUGUGUAUCUGGCAUGUCGAGAGAAAGACAAAAUUAUAUAUGAUCUUCAGAGACAAGUAGAAGAACAGAAACAUUUAAGAGAUCAAGAUGCAAAAAUCAUCCAAGGGAAAGUGCUGAAAAUAAAAGAAUCUAUAGCAGGAAGACUGAAAGAACUAGAGGAAGAGAACUCAGAAUUAAAGCAGUCCAGUGCUACUCUGACAGAACAAGUAGAUGUGUUACGCUCAAGGUUGCAGUCAUUGCCUGCUUCAGCUGCAAAGAUUAUCUACAGAGCUGGUCUCCAAAAAAGCAAUGCAUCUUCUUUGCAAAGAGAGUCUGACCUCUCCCAGGCCAGUGGGCCGCCAGACAUUCCGCAGAGACCGUCCAUUUUGUAUUCUUUACGCCAACAAGAGCAAGAUGUCUCCAGCUUGGACAUAAGUCUUGACGACAGUCUUAGUCUCCAGUACCUGGACAGCGAUGGCUGCAUGGCAGACAACGAGUCAGAAUCCAUCCAACGGACGCCGGAAAUGAAGGAGAGAAAACUGGUGGCUCCACCUAGGCCUCCCCCUCCUGUGCUUACAAAGAAAGUUCCUCCUCCAAGACCAGCACCCCCGAGACUUAAAAUUGAACGCAAGCAGUUUCAGGAGGCGAGUUGUAUAACCAUGUCAAGCUGCGACAGCCAGGAUAUUUUGGAUGAAGGUGAAAGUCAUGAGAAUUCUCCAACAUUCCAGCCCACUGAUUCGCCAACCACCUUGAUUACAGGAAUGGAUGAAAUGACAUCUGCCCACUCCUCCGUUCCUGUUGGACCACCAAAUUCUUCUAACACUGUAUCUUUAGUCAGCACAGACAGCCAUUAUGUGGCAGCACCUUCUGCUAGAGCCAAGAGGUACCAUCCAUUGUUAUCAAUAUUCAGCCCUAACCAAGAUGUCACAGUGUCAUUUCGACACAGAAGAUACUGGGAUCGCCUGCUCUCUAAAUCCGAGGGAUACACCAGCCCAGAGUCGUGGAUGGGAGAAGAGACUGACCGAGAGGACUUGAUGAGUGUGAGGAGGAGUGAGGGUUGUUGUUCUCCUCUGCCUCCUAAGCCACCACUACACAGAUUGCCAUCCUGGGAAAGUCGCAUUUAUGCCCUGGCUAGUAGAGGGUUGAGUGUCUCUGAGACUGCACUUAACAGAUUAAGUACAGACUCAAGUGGCACACUAUCUGAUGGGCUUUACUCAUAUGAUGAUAUGUCUGUACCAGUGUAUGCUACUCUGAAAGGGAAAGCUGCCCCUAUUCGAAGUACACCAUUUUCUGGAGAGAGUUCCAGCGACUCCUCAGAUGACAGUGAGGAGCGCCAGGUUGACACCAAAGAACAUGACGAGAAUAUCAUGACAGUGGCGGGCCCUAGUGGCACAACCACAACAACCAGUAUCUCUGACAGCAGACAGCAAAUGAAUCACUCUAGCUCUGGAGCUCUAAAGAGAGGUGUUUCUACACAUUCCAUUGGUUCUGAGACGUCAGGUGACUAUGCAGUUCCCCCAGACGCCUUUAUGUCCAUGAACAUAGACAGUGAUAGCUCUGAACCUGAACACAAACUGCUUAAAUAUGCCACAUAUGGGAUGAACAAGGGAGGAUUUGAGAAGUGUGGCUAUUUAACCAAACUUGGAGGAAAAGUAAAGAAUUGGAAGAAAAGAUGGUUUGUGCUACAGAAUGGAGAGCUGUUGUACUACAAGACACCAAAUGAUAUUGUAAGGCGCCCUCAGGGAAUAAUUGGUCUAGAUGGAACUACCAAAAUCCUCAAGUCUCAAGGAGCAAAUACAUUCCAGAUUGUUACUAUGAAGAGAACUUAUUAUCUCACCACAAAUACUCAAGAGGAAAUGGAUGAAUGGAUAAAAGUUAUGCAAAAUGUGCUGAAAAGACAAGCUGCAAAUUUGGUUUUGCAGCAAACUAAUACCAAAGCUGUGAUGAAGGGUUGGGCUGUGAAGGUGAAGAAUGGUAUAGCCAAGAAGUGCUGGUGUGUUCUCAUCGGCAAGUUUCUCAUCUACUCCAAAGCUCCUGAUGAAAUGGCCCCCAUGGGACAGGUGGACCUGUUUGGUGCCCGUAUUGAAAGCAUUGAUAAGUCUGUUGACUCCGAUGAAGACUCGGAUGCAGAUUUGCCCAACUAUAUUUUGGCAAUAUGGCCGCCACGAGAAGGACCCAUUUAUUUAGUUCUGCCCACCAAAAGAGAAAAGGACAGCUGGCUGUACCACCUGACUGUGGCCUCUGGGGGAGGUUUGGGAAACGUGGGAAAUAUCGGAACAGAGUCGGAACAGCUGAUUGCUAAACUCAUGGCUGCAAAUGGAGAUCCAAAUUCCAUGUAUUGGAAACACCCCCUUCUUGUACAAACAAAGAAUCUGAUCUCGAGUCCACUGACUACCCUCCCCUCGGAGCAGUUACAGAGAAAAGCACUGGACUUGGCACAGUCUAUCCACCUGUUCAUCAACACCCAGAUCGAGUCUCCCACCAUAGACUACCACGUCACCCUGGCACAGAACAUGCUGCAGACCUGUAUGGACCACAUUGAGCUGCAGAAUGAGAUGUACUGCCAGCUCAUACGGCAGACAUCCAAGAGUCCUGGACCCCAGGGAAAGACAGGAAUACAGGCUUUGAACAUCCUCUGCAGUCCCCUCACCUGGUUCCCCCUGUGCGACGCCCAGCCCACCUCGCCCCAGGGGUCGCAGUCCGAUCUGGCCUCCACCUCCAACAGUCCCCAGUUCUGCUUUGUCCAGGGCUGGCAACUGAUAGCCCUCUGUGUGUCCCUGUUCUUACCUAAGCAGAGCAUGCUAUGGCAUUUGAAGGCUCAUUUACAGAGGAAUGCUGACCCAAGGAAUGAAAUAGGCCAGUAUGGCGUGUUCUGUCAGAGGGCUCUGGAGAGAACAUUAGCCAAAGGUGUGAGGGAUGCCAGACCCUCCAGGAUGGAGAUUUUGUCCAUCUUAUUGAGAAACCCUUAUCAUCACUCACAGCCAAUCAGCAUACCUGUACAUUUACUCAAUGGAACUUACCAGGUGGUCAGUUUUGAUGGUUCUACAACAGUGGAAGAGUUCCUGUGGAGUUUGAACAAGGAGCUUGGAAUGAGAGACGUGGCCAGCAGUGGGUUUGCUCUCUUCUCGGACGAUCCUACUGGCGCAGACUUUGAACACUGUCUGCAGACGCAUGUCAAGAUCUGUGAUGUGAUAUCUAAGUGGGAACAGGUUUAUAAGGAACAUGUUGGAGACAGGACAGACAACAGCAGGACAGUGAAGUUUACAUACAAAAACAGAUUAUAUUUAAAAAAGAAUGUGUCAUCAGAGACAGAGCGUGAGCGCCACUUAUUAGCCUACCAGAUCAACCAUGCCAUCGUCAAUGGGAAGUUUCCUGUCAGCAAGGAAAUGGCUGUGCAGCUGGCAUCUAUACUGGCUCAGGUGGAAUUUGGAGAUUUUCGCCACCCAGAGAGCACCAACCAAGGAGAGCGCACCACUCCGCCUAAUUCUUCCACUCAGCUGCCUGUCAUCAUAGAGAGGUUCUACCCCAAACGCUACAAAGACAAGAACUGCACAGAGGAGGAAAAGACACUUUUGAUGUCAAAGAUAGCAGAGAGGUGGGCCAGUUUGAAGGGAAGAAGCAACCACGAGUGUGUCAGAAUAUAUCUCACAGCUCUUAGGAAGUGGCCUUUCUUUGGAGCAGAACUGUUUGCGGCUAAGGUGGUUUCGGCAGACAUCAGAAAAGUUUGGUUGGCUGUCACUGAUGAUGGGGUGGCCAUACUAGAGUAUGGAACUAUGCAAUAUGUGACAUCAUACAGCUACAAGGCCGUUGUGACAUUUGGAGGCUGCAGGGACGACUUCAUGUUGGUUGUCAAUAGAAAACAAGAUACUUCUUCAAGAACAGAGCAUAGAAGAAAGAGGACUUGCAAAAUUCAGUUCCAUAUGCCUAAGCUAAGGAUCCUUGAGUUAACCUUACUACUGGCCAGUUACAUCAAUGCCAGGAACCAGGCACCAACCUCUACACGCAGUCUGGACAAACAGAGCAGCACCAGCACACUCAAGAAGAAAGGUCAACCCCAAGGUCAUUGAGGAGGAGGGAGGUCAACUUCAAGGUCACUGAGGAGGGAGGUCAACUCUAAGGUCACUGUGAGGGGAAUCUUAAUCUCAAACUACCGGAAAGACAAAGGUCUAAGUGCUAAAUUGGGGGAAAAAGUCAUAAAACAGCAACACUUAUUUCUACCGUAUCUUAUGAAUGCAAAACUUUUUGCAAUGGAAAACUCAGAUAGGUUUUGUUUUUUCAAAGAUGUCAUUGGAGAUAACUUCCAAAUUUGACAGCUAAUAUGAUAAUGAUAGAGACAUGGAAAGGGAAAUAUUAGUUUUAUGCUUUUAUACUGGGGAUUUGAAAAAGUAUGAGAAAAAAAACUCCCAGAAAAUUGCAUUUCUUGGUACAUCACCAAAAGGUAUGUUAUAUUAUACCUUAAACACUGUUAAAAAUCCUGAAAAGAAAUUUUUGGUGCAGAACUAAGAUAAUUGCUCGCUCUUUCAAGGGAGGAAAAUGGUGAAAUUUACAGAUACUGUUUUUUUUAAGCCAUAAUUUCUUUGAAUUAGAACAUUUUAGGUGUAUUGGAAAAAGAAAUGGUUUUACACUUAUAUUAGUCUCUUUGGGAGUGCACAGCCCAUAAUUUUACUCAAGAACAAGACAGGGUGGAAGAGGUUCAAAUGUAUUCUCGAAA